AUGGAUGCAGACGGGUCAUUCAUCCCCAAGGAGCUGGUCGGGAAGGACAUCUACCAAAUCUUGGGUCUCACCUUCCAAGACGCAGGGAAGGACAACAUAAAAAAUAUAAUAAGGAAGAGGUACCUGAAAUGUGCGCUGGUUCUGCACCCCGACAAGGUGGAGGGCGGCUCCAAGGGGAGUGGCCCCGUUGGAAGUGGCCCCGCUGGAAGUGGAACACAGACGAACGGUUCAAGCACGUCCAACAUGGACAGAUUCAACACGCUCAAGUGCGCCUACGAAUUUUUAAUGAACGAACAACUGAGGAAUAAAUACAACCUGUACGUCACACAGCAGAAGAUGAAAAUAAAAAAAAAUGCCGCAACUAGCAGUAACAUCAGUCUGAAUCGCUUUUUCGACAAGAAAAAACUUGACGCACAGCAGAAGGAAAAGUGGGCAUUCAAAAGGAAACUGGAGGCACGAGAGAGGGAGGUGGCAAAGGACAGAGGAAAGAAAAAAUGGAAAGGCAGUGCAGCAAAAUGGCAACACAGUGGAAAGGCAGGUGAUCCCACGGCGGGCAGUUACCGCAACGGGAAGAACAAUCGGAAAAAAAAAAAUUGGCAUCAAAAUGGACAGCAAAAUGCGCAACAAAAUGCGGCACGCAGAGAACGGAACAAUUUAGAAAAAAUCAAAGCGCAGAAUGAGGAUUUUGUAAGAACCCACUCCGCACACCACCCCGGUCAGAAUAAACGCCAAAGGGACGUCCCUGAAGGGGAAGACGGAGACGACAGGGACAGAGUUAUAGAAAUUUACCUGCACAACUAUCCACGCAACGUCGACCUGCUGCAAAGGUACAUUGAUCAGAAAGAAUUCUUAACCUUCUUCCUCGACUUUAACUUCCAAAAGUAUUCCCUGAACAGAAAUGAGGAACAGACGCAGAGUGAAAGGAGGGUUGGUCUGUUCUCCUUCAGUCAUCGCAGUGAGGCCAUUCGUGCGUACUUGCACUUUAAAAAAAAUGGCAAACACAUUGAUCGAAAUUUUAAACUGAGGCUGGCCGUGCCGUGCAAGGAGGGAGGAGAAAUCCGCUCAGAGGGUCAAAGUCCCCAAAAGGGGGGAGAGAACGACACAGGCGCCAAGGACAACGUCGACAGGAUGAUGAACGAAAUGGUAGACGAACUCGACAAGAUGUUUUCCCUCUGA